CCAUCAUUUAGUUGGCUUACGGCAGCGGUACGUGCUGCAUGCGUGCGGUCGGUUCGAAAGUUCAAAUAAAUACUUCCCCAAAGAAAGACAUCAGCAGGAAAAGUGUGCCACUCCGAAACGGAAAAGGAAUAUUCUUCGAACGUUCAGGAUAGUCCUCUAAGUCAGGAUGUAUUUACCGUACACGCAAUUGCCGGAUCCUACGGAUAAGUUCGAGAUCUACGAGGAGAUAGCCCAGGGUGUUAAUGCCAAGGUUUUCCGGGCCAAGGAGCUGGACAACGACCGGAUUGUGGCCCUGAAGAUCCAGCACUACGAUGAGGAACACCAGGUGUCGAUCGAGGAGGAGUACCGCACUCUGCGGGACUACUGUGACCAUCCCAAUCUUCCCGAAUUCUAUGGGGUGUACAAGUUGUCGAAGCCAAACGGACCCGAUGAGAUCUGGUUCGUCAUGGAGUACUGCUCGGGAGGAACUGCAGUGGAUAUGGUGAAUAAGCUCCUGAAACUAGAUCGUCGCAUGCGAGAGGAGCACAUUGCCUAUAUCAUCCGGGAGACUUGCCGUGCAGCCAUCGAAUUAAACCGUAAUCAUGUCCUGCAUCGGGACAUCCGAGGAGACAACAUCUUGCUAACCAAGAAUGGACGCGUGAAGCUCUGCGAUUUUGGGUUGUCCCGUCAGGUGGAUUCCACCCUGGGAAAGCGGGGAACCUGCAUAGGCUCGCCCUGUUGGAUGGCUCCCGAAGUGGUGUCCGCUAUGGAGUCCCGGGAACCAGAUAUCACCGUUCGAGCCGAUGUCUGGGCUUUGGGUAUCACCACCAUCGAGCUGGCCGAUGGAAAGCCACCAUUCGCCGACAUGCAUCCCACUAGGGCCAUGUUCCAGAUUAUUCGCAAUCCACCCCCGACCUUAAUGCGACCCACCAAUUGGUCGCAGCAGAUCAAUGAUUUCAUCUCCGAGAGUCUGGAGAAGAAUGCCGAGAAUCGUCCCAUGAUGGUUGAGAUGGUGGAGCAUCCAUUUCUUACGGAACUCAUUGAGAACGAGGACGAGAUGCGUUCGGACAUCGCGGAGAUGCUGGAACUCUCCAGUGACGUCAAGACUUUGUACAAGGAGCCUGAAUUGUUUGUGGACCGCGGCUAUGUCAAGAGGUUCGAUGAGAAACCGGAGAGGAUGUACCCGGAGGACUUGGCUGCCCUGGAAAAUCCUGUGGAUGAGAGCAUUAUUGAAUCACUGCGUCACCGAAUUAUGACGGGUGGAUCAUACAGUUUCAUUGGAGAUAUCUUGUUGUCGUUGAAUUCCAAUGAAAUCAAAGAGGAAUUUCCCCCUGAGUUCCAUGCCAAGUACCGCUUCAAGUCGCGAUCGGAGAAUCAGCCGCAUAUUUUCUCGGUGGCUGAUAUCGCCUACCAGGACAUGCUGCAUCAUCGGGAGCCACAGCACAUUGUGCUCUCCGGGGAAAGUUACUCGGGCAAGUCGACCAAUGCCCGACUGCUGAUCAAGCACCUGUGCUACCUGGGCGCAGGAAAUCGAGGAGCCACUGGACGGGUGGAGAGCUCUAUCAAGGCCAUCCUGAUGUUGGUAAAUGCAGGCACUCCUGUGAACAACGACUCCACCAGGUGUGUUCUACAAUAUUGUUUGACCUUCGGUAAAACCGGCAAGAUGAGUGGAGCCGUAUUCAAUAUGUAUAUGCUGGAGAAGUUGCGAGUGGCCACUACGGAUGGCACCCAGCACAACUUCCAUAUUUUCUACUACUUCUACGACUUUAUCAAUCAGCAGAAUCAGCUCAAGGAAUACAAUCUCAAGGCUGAUCGUAAUUAUCGCUAUCUGCGAGUUCCGCCAGAGGUUCCCCCAACAAAGUUAAAAUAUCGUCGUGAUGAUCCCGAGGGAAAUGUGGAGAAAUUCAAGGAGUUUGAGAAUAUACUAAGGGAUAUUGAUUUUAAUCACAAACAAUUGGAGACCGUUCGUAAGGUCCUGUCGGCCAUUUUGAAUAUUGGCAAUAUCCGUUUCCGGCCAAAUGGAAAGUUUGCGGAAGUGGAGAACACCGACAUCGUGUCGCGGAUUGCAGAGCUUUUGCGGGUGGAUGAAAAGAAAUUUAUGUGGUCUCUGACCAAUUUCAUUAUGGUCAAGGGUGGCAUCGCCGAGAGACGUCAAUAUAGCACUGAUGAAGCUCGAGAUGCCCGCGAUGCGGUGGCCAGCACGCUGUACUCCCGAUUGGUGGACUUCAUCAUCAACAGGAUCAACAUGAACAUGUCCUUCCCACGGGCUGUGUUUGGUGACACCAAUGCCAUUAUUAUCCAUGACAUGUUUGGCUUUGAGUGCUUCAAUAGGAACGGUCUUGAGCAACUGAUGAUCAACACUCUGAACGAACAGAUGCAAUACCAUUACAACCAGCGCAUUUUUAUCAGCGAAAUGCUGGAAAUGGAGGCUGAGGAUAUCGAUACCGUUAACCUGAAUUUCUACGACAACAAGACCGCUCUGGAUAAUUUGCUAACCAAACCGGAUGGCUUGUUCUAUAUCAUUGAUGAUGCCUCACGUUCUUGCCAAGAUCAGGAUUUGAUUAUGGAUCGUGUUUCGGAAAAGCACAGCCAGUUUGUGAAGAAGCACACUGCCACAGAGAUAUCCGUGGCCCAUUACACGGGUCGCAUCAUUUACGAUACGCGGGCCUUCACCGACAUUAACCGGGACUUCGUACCGCCGGAAAUGAUCGAGACCUUCCGCUCCUCGCUGGAUGAGAGCAUCAUGCUCAUGUUCACCAAUCAACUGACCAAGGCUGGCAAUCUCACGAUGCCCUUUGAGGCCAUUCAGCAUAAGGAUGAAACCGAACGGAAGUCCUACGCUUUAAAUACACUGAGUGCCGGCUGCAUCUCCCAGGUGAAUAAUCUCCGAACCCUGGCGGCCAACUUCCGCUUCACCUGCCUGACCCUGCUCAAAAUGCUCAGCCAGAAUACAAAUCUCGGCGUGCACUUUGUCCGCUGUAUUCGCGCUGAUCUGGAAUACAAACCCAGAGCUUUCCACUCGGAUGUCGUCCAACAGCAGAUGAAGGCCUUGGGAGUCUUGGACACUGUCAUUGCCCGGCAGAAAGGCUAUAGCUCACGGCUGCCGUUUGAGGAGUUCCUGAGAAGAUAUCAAUUCCUUGCCUUUGACUUUGAUGAGCCUGUGGAAAUGACCAAGGAUAAUUGUCGUCUUUUGUUCUUGCGUCUCAAGAUGGAGGGCUGGUCCUUGGGAAAGUCUAAGGUAUUUUUGCGGUACUAUAACGAUGAGUUCUUGGCCAGGUCGUACGAGGUGCAGGUAAAGAAGGUCAUCAAGGUGCAAUCCAUGAUGCGGGCUUUGCUAGCUCGAAAACGCGUCAAGGGCGGCAAGGUGUUUAAAUUGGGCAAAAAGGGACCGGAGCAUCAGGAUGUGGCCGCGUCCAAAAUUCAAAAAGCCUAUAGGGGAUUCCGCGACCGGGUUCGCCUCCCUCCGUUGGUCAACGAGAAGACCGGCCAACUGAAUGAGAACACCGCCGACUUUAUCCGCCCAUAUGCCAAAAAGUGGCGCGAGAAGUCCAUCUUCCAGGUCCUAUUGCACUACCGGGCGGCUCGCUUCCAGGACUUCGUUAAUCUGUCACAGCAGGUCCACAUCUACAAUCAAAGAAUGGUGGCAGGAUUGAAUAAAUGCACCCGGGCUGUGCCCUUCGAGAGGAUCAACAUGCGCGAGGUGAACUCUUCGCAGCUGGGACCACUGCCAGUGCCCAUGAAGAAAAUGCCCUUCCGGCUGGAUCAGAUUCCCUUCUACGACACCCAGUACAUGGUGGACCCGGCCAACUCCAUCUCCCGCCAGACGUUCCCGAAUCAGCUCCUAACGCAGCACAUGGAAGACGACGAGCCUUGGGACAGUCCUCUGCAGCGCAAUCCAUCGAUGACAUCCUGUGCCCUGACCUACAAUGCAUACAAGAAGGAGCAGGCUUGCCAGACCAACUGGGAUCGCAUGGGCGAGAGCGAUAAUAUCUACAAUCAGGGAUUCUUUCGGGAUCCCCAGCAGCUGAGAAGAAAUCAAAUGCAGAUGAACAUGAACGCAUAUAACAAUGCCUACAACAGCUACAGCAACAACUAUAACAACAGCAACCAGAACUGGGGCGUCCAUCGCUCCGGAUCCAGGCGCAACUCCUUGAAGGGCUAUGCGGCGCCUCCACCUCCUCCACCACCAAUGCCCUCAUCCAACUAUUAUCGCAAUAAUCCCAGCCAGCAGCAGCGCAACUAUCAGCAAAGAUCCUCGUACCCACCAUCGGAUCCAGUGAGGGAACUUCAGAACAUGGCUCGCAACGAGGGAGAUAGCUCUGAGGAUCCACCAUUUAACUUCAAGGCCAUGCUGCGUAAGACAAACUAUCCAAGGGGAGCCGAGAGCAACACCUAUGACUUUAACAAUCGUCGCGGAUCGGACAGUGGUCAGCAGCACACCUUCCAGGCGCCCAAACUAAGAUCGACAGGUCGUCGCUUCCAGGAGGACGAGGGCUACAAUUCAUCAUCGGGAAACUUUGGAGUGUCUAGAAACUUUGGCCAGCAGCAGAGGGCUCCCACAUUGAGGCAAUCCCCUGCCAGCGUGGGUCGCAGCUUUGAAGACAGCAAUGCCAGGUCCUUCGAGGAGGCAGGAUCCUAUGUGGAAGAGGAGAUCGCACCCGGGGUGACACUAUCCGGCUAUGCCGUGGAUAUCUAA